CGAACAUGGGCUCUGCAAUUCUUGCUAUGGAUUUGGGAUGGAUGGGUCCAAAUUACUCAAUUUCUACAGCUUGUGCUACUAGCAACUUUUGUAUACUAAAUGCCACAAAUCAUAUUAUAAGAGGCGAAACAAAUAUGAUGCUCUGUGGUGGGUCUGAUGCAGCUAUUAUUCCCUUAGGAUUGGGAGGAUUUGUUGCCUGCCGAGCCCUUUCACAGAGGAACGAGGAUCCAACCAAAGCUUCUCGUCCUUGGGAUAUGAAUCGUGAUGGAUUUGUUAUGGGAGAAGGAGCAGGUGUACUACUAUUAGAAGAACUAGAGCACGCUAAGCGGAGAGGUGCAACUAUAUAUGCAGAGGUUUUAGGUGGAAGCUUUACGUGCGAUGCAUAUCACAUGACUGAACCACGUCCAGAUGGAACAGGAAUUGUUCUAUGCAUAGAGAGAGCCUUGGCUCAGGCAGGGGUAGCUAGAGAAGAUGUCAAUUACAUAAAUGCUCAUGCUAGUUCGACACCAUCAGAUGAUUUGAAAGAAUUCGAGGCUAUUAUUCGCUGCUUUGGACAAAAUACUGAGCUGCGAAUGAACUCUACAAAAUCUAUGGUUGGUCAUCUACUUGGGGCUGCCGGUGCUGUGGAAGCUAUUGCAACCGUUAAGGCUAUACAGACAGGAUGGAUCCAUCCAAAUAUCAAUCUUGAACAACCUGAUGAAGGCAUGGAUACAAGAAUACUUGUAGGUCCAAAGAAGGAAAAACUAGAGAUAAAGGUUGCACUCUCUAAUUCAUUUGGCUUUGGGGGACACAACUCAUCCAUUCUAUUUGCACCCUAUGAACAUGAAAACUGAUAUCUGCUAUGGCGAUCUCAAUAUAUUGCUAGGCUCAAGGUUCAUUCAUUGCUUCCAUUUUACAGGAUUUUUACAUGUUAACUGUAAGAGAUUGAACUAUUGAAUCCCCGAAAAGGGAAAGUGAAAUCUCACAUAAUU